AUGAACUCUUCACGGCAUACAAACCGCCCAACAAACAGAAGUAGGGGUCGCGGUGGUCGUUCUCGGGGUGGAUUCAAUGAUCGGAAUUCCAGCAGUCUAGGCUCAGACUACAAACCCGUGCCCACAACCCAACAAGUCAUUCCCGGCGCCCCCGUCUCAAUAGUCCUGAAAGUCGACCAGCCGACCGGCACCGAAGUGCAAGGAAUCGUUGCUGAGCUCCUGACGCGGGGAGAUCAUCCUAGAGGUAUUAAAGUGCGCUUGCGGGAUGGAAGGGUGGGCAGGGUGCAGAGGAUGGUUAGUCGAGAGACGGCGGAGGCGGGGGCGGAAGGGAUGACUGGGUUGGGGAGGAAUGGAGAGCUUGGGAACGGAGGUCAUGAGAGUGUUCGUGUUGCGAGCCCUGGAGUCGCGGGGCCGAGAUAUAGGGACUUUCGAGUUGAAGCUCCUGAUGAACCGGACGUCGCGAAUUUGUCUCUCGCGGACUAUGUUGUGGUGAAGAGCAACAAGAAGAAAGGGAAGUCGAAGAAACUCGACGAGGAGAAAUCAAAUGAGGCAGUACCGGACGAAGAUACUGAAGACCUUGCUUCAACAAUAGCUGCAACAAGUACUUGUCCGGUGUGUGGGGAAUUUGAAGGAGAUGAGGUGGCUGUUGCCCAUCACGUCAACGAGCAUUUUGACUAA